CGCAUGCACGCACGUGCGAACAUUGUUUAACAAUAAACCGCUUGAAUGAACGGUCUUUGUGUUUACCAUGGUCAAUGGACCUGCUAAAGAUAGAGACGACUAGACUUGGCGGAUUACAGGCCCACCCGAAAUUGAGCUGAGCUGAGGCGUUAAGUCUUUUGUUAACAGCGCCUUUGUUGGUGGGAGGAUUAAAGUUCUAUUCAAACUUAGUGAUUUAAUCCCUAUCAAAGUUAUCAUCAUGCAGUCAACUACCUCUUCCGCUCAUACUUUGGUUUGCUUUUCGACGCUUCGGUUCACUCUCGCUUUUUGUCUUGGUUAUAUUAUAUAUAGGUUUCGCUUUACUACUACUACUAGUUGUAGUGAGUGUUAUUAUAGAAAGUUUAUCAAUAUUAUAGUAGAUCCUAGAUCUGGACAGAAAAAUAUAGAUCGAUCUAGGUCUAGGCCUAUAGGCCUACGUCGUGUUUCACUGAAUUCAAAAUCUCGAUAUCUUCACGUCACUGAAACGUCAUGUGGUGGCUAAGUCGAGAAGGUUCAAGACUGUACGUGGUUGUCAACGGGAGAAAAGCGUAUAGCAGAAACAGCAACAUCGAGUUUUCUCAUGUGGUGGCCGUCACACUCACAGACGAUACAGGCGAUGCAGGGGAUGCCAAUAAAAUAAUGUUCAGGUUCGCAUGUGGGCUGUCGACAGUGGCGAAGAUGGAGCAAAUGAAUGCUCAAAUGACUGCUCAAGCUCUGUUCUGCAGUGAAGCUGAGCUGCUAACUGCAGCAUCAUUUAUCGAUGAAGUUGACAUGCUGCUUGCAGGCUCUUCUGCAAGCAGCAUCGAGUCACCGAGUCACAGCGAGCCACCUGUAAAGAGGAAGCAGAAGACGCAGCAGAGACAAGCCAAGCGUCAACGAACAUGCAGUAGGUUGUCGACUAGUUCUGACGACUCAGACCACCAUAUACAGCUGCCAUCACUUGGGGAUUUAGAUAAGGCCAUCUCGGCAAAGUGUAAAGGGUCAUUCGAGGUGUCUCUUUCCAAUCUGAUUGAGGCAAAUCGGGAACUUCAGAGGCCAAGGUCCCGAAAGGAGAUAAUUGCAGCCAAGCAACAUUUAGAGAGGGUUGAUAUUCGACAGGUACAUGUACUGCCUGUCAUGGGUGAUGGGCCGUCCACCAACCCAACAACUGGCAAGCUUCAGGUCCUUGGUGGUCCCCCCUGUGCAUAUGUUGAGGCGGCUAAGGAGUUAGCGGACGACACAAGAUUUAGCCAUCUGAAGCACGGCUGGAGGGUACAAAUUUACCUCCAGUUAACCGACUUGGAAGCCCUAAGAGUUGGUAGCCUCUACCAGGAGAGUCUCCCUGUUUCUCGCCCAAUGUCCUUCCAGGAUCAAGUUGGGUUGUGCAGGAAAAUUCUGUACUGGCACAACAGCCUAGACACAGAGGAGGAGCCAGUGAGGAUGGUGCAAGACGUUAGGAAAAAGUGUAGCCUGGCUCUUGGCAAGGAAACUACCAAAAAUGCAUUGAGGUCAUUGGAGCCAACUUUUCAAGCAGCAUCAUACAGCUGUAGGUGCUACCGGAAGGCACAGUUAGCCUUUGACAAUUACCGUGAACAGAUGGGAAAGGAGUUGUCCCAGUUUUGGUUCAUGAAGCUGCAGGGAUUACCUGAAGAAGUUAGAUAUGACCUGCUAGUGACGGCAGCCUCAGACGGCAACAUGAAGGCAAUGGGGAAAAAAGCGGAAGCCAUGAAGACAGAGAGGGUCCUGCAGGACCAUUUCGUGCAGUUGGUUGGUGCCGAGUCAUGGGCGGAAGCUCAAGAGCUCUACCCGGACCACACAAGCGAGGAGGCAAUGAAACCAUAUGUUGGCUUAAAAUUCAAGAGAAAUCGGGUUCCUGAUUGUUUUACUGCACAUUCCCUGAGUGCCAGGCAGACAAAGGUGAUGGGGUCACCUGCUCUUUUCAUGAGCACAUCAGUACAGACCGUACAAGUUAUGAGUUCACCUAUCGCCAAGGCCAGUGUGUUUGUUUGUGGAGAUGUCACUGCUGCUGCAAAAACUGUCACAGCACUAGGGGAAGUUCUACGAGUUCAGACAAUUACAAUAAUCAACCAAGACACUACAGAAAUUGAAGACAAUCAGUCAUUUGCUACGGUGAAGUUUGCAGUGGUGGUGUCUGCGAAACCAAUAACGCAGACGGUGUUAUUCUUAAAAGAUCCCAAGGAGCUGGCAAACUUUUUUAUAGAGAGUUUAACAAAUGCAGGAGAUAUUGUCCUCGAUGACAUGAACAAUAAUGGUGAACUUGCACGGCAAGCCACAUCAAUGCAGAGGUUUGGACAGGUAUUCAGGGAGGAUUCAGAGGAAGGAGAGAGAGAAGAAGGAGAGAGAGAAGAAGGAGAGACGGAGCAACAAGAGGAAGGAGAGACGAAGCAACAAGAGGAAGGAGAGACGAAGCAACAAGAGGAAGGAGAGACGGAGCAACAAGAGGAAGGAGAGACGGAGCAACGCAACAUGGAGGGAGGAGUUGAUAAUGAAAGCACAGAAAUCACAGACUCUGAACUAUUGGGAAUUGAUGAAUAUUUAUUUAGUGAAUAGUUAAUCAGGCCUGAUAAUUACCUGAUUUUUGUCUCGCCUGCGUAGCAAAAAGCGAGCAAGACAUACAGUGCAGGCGCCACUUUUCCGUUGACGGCGACAGCGUCAACGAAAUUUUAGUAUAAUUUUGAAAGUAUAAGUUCUUACUCAAUGAAACUUAGAUCAAAUGGUAAUCAAGUAUCCCAAUCAUGUGAGUAGAAUUUCAGGUCACAAAG